GGACAUAGAAAAUAAGUAAAGGUGAAGGAGCGAAAUUUUAUAUCCCCUGCCCGGUGUUUGAUUGUACGACAAUGUCUUCCGAGUUAAAAAAACUUUCAGAGGAAUCUCUGCUGCAGCCACCAGAAAAGGUUUUCGAUAUUAUUUGCAAACUUGGCGAAGGUAGUUAUGGGUCUGUUUACAAAGCAUUGCAUAAGGAAAGUAGCUCAAUUGUGGCCAUUAAAUUGGUGCCAGUGGCGUCCGAUCUGCACGAAAUUAUCAAAGAGAUCUCUAUAAUGCAGCAGUGCGACUCGCCGUACGUGGUACGCUACUAUGGUUCCUAUUUCAAGCAGUAUGAUCUGUGGAUAUGUAUGGAAUACUGUGGUGCUGGCAGUGUUUCGGAUAUUAUGCGGCUACGCAAAAAAACACUGACUGAAGAUGAAAUAGCAACGAUUCUUUCCGAUACAUUGCAGGGCUUGGUGUAUUUACAUUUACGUCGAAAGAUACAUCGCGACAUAAAAGCGGGAAAUAUACUGCUUAACACAGAGGGCUAUGCCAAAUUGGCAGACUUUGGAGUAGCUGGCCAACUUACAGAUACCAUGGCUAAACGAAACACAGUGAUUGGCACUCCGUUUUGGAUGGCACCAGAGGUUAUCGAAGAAAUUGGCUAUGACUGUGUGGCCGAUAUCUGGUCGCUGGGCAUAACCGCACUAGAAAUGGCUGAAGGCAAACCGCCUUAUGGUGACAUUCAUCCGAUGCGUGCUAUUUUCAUGAUCCCCCAGAAACCACCACCAUCUUUCCGCGAACCCGAUCGAUGGUCGGCCGAAUUUAUUGAUUUUGUUAGCUUGUGCCUGGUAAAAAAUCCCGAUGAACGCGCUACCGCUUCCGAUCUGUUGGACCACGAGUUCAUUCGCAACGCAAAGCCACGUAGCAUACUCAAACAAAUGAUCGAGGAAACUUGUGCUAUUCGUGAGCAACAGCGCGCUAAUAGGUCGGGGGGUAUGAGUCAAGCUAAGAGUUUAGCUACACAACAGGAAGAGCUUGUGCAUGAAGAUGAGCCCGAAUUUCAGGUGGAGACGGUCAAAACAUUUAUUGACGACCCGGGUACUUUAGUGCCGGAGAAGUUUGGCGAAUACCAACAGGCUUCAGGUAGCGAUGCCACAAUGAUAGCGCAUGCCGAAGAUAGCGGUACUCUGGGUCCUGGUGGUCGAGUACUGGGCGUAGCAGAUGGUGCUGACAAUGUAGGCGGCAGAGCUAGUGAUGUGACAGGCGGCACCGACACUGGAACGCUCAUAGAAUUGGAAUCGAAUUUGGGCACUAUGGUCAUUAAUUCAGACUCGGAUGAUUCAACCACAACAAAGCGCAACGAAUUUAAUAAACCACGCUACCGCCCCAAAUUUCUUGACCAUUUCGAACGCAAAAAUCCUGCUGACGCGCUCGUGCCAAUGCGUAUAGGCGAAGAUUUGGAAAAAUCCGCUAGCUACGGUGUAUCCUCUUCGGGUGUCGGUACGGAUCAUUAUCAAACAAAUACACCACAGCCGCAGCCGCAGCUGCAGCAGCAACAACACCAUAUAAUGCAGUCACAACUAAAUCAUACAAAUUCGAAUGAUACAAACUGGGAGAAUAACAUGGAAAUGCAGUUUCAACAAAUCUCUGCUAUCAAUCAGUAUGGUCUUCAACAGCACCAGCAUCACUUGCAGCAACAACAACAGCAGCAGCAACAGCAGGCGGCAGCCGCAGCAGCUGCAUAUUAUGGUCAUCCGUUGGUGAGUGACCAUCACUUGCUAGCAAUUAACAAUCAGCAAAAUCUAUUGCGCAAUCAGCAACAGCAACAGCAGCAACAACAACCCCAACCACCUGCCUACCAGCAACAUCAUCUGCACACUCAAUCGCACAGCUAUGUUGAUGGUGAAUUCGAAUUUUUAAAAUUCCUCACAUUUGACGAUCUAAAUCAGCGAUUGAAUAAUAUAGACUCUGAAAUGGAGAAAGAAAUCGAGGAGUUGAACAAAAAAUAUAAUGCCAAACGACAACCAAUUGUCGAUGCCAUGAAUGCCAAGCGGAAGCGCCAGCAAAAUAUCAAUAAUAAUCUCAUUAAAAUUUAAAAUAAAUUCAGUAGAAUAUUGCGAUAAAUUGCUGAAAAAUUAAAAAAAAAUCAUGCGUGCUCAAAAGAGAGACUUUGUGUUUAAGGUGCAUUAAAUUGACAAUUGGUUAAACUCUAUAAUUAUUAAAUGUUUAUUUGUAAUUUAAUUUAGCCAUAGAUGCAAUUUUGAAUUACCAAUUGCAAACAAACUCGAAUUGUGUUUAGAAAAUUAAUGUUCAGAAGCAAUGGAGUUAUGUGCUCAUUUAGAAUUACAUUCAGCAAAAUUUAAAAUGGCAAUUUAAAACUACAAAACUCACAAAUCGUGGGCAGACUAGCUUUACGUUUAAAUUCAGAACAACGUUUAAUAAUGAUUAUGAGUAAAUUAAGGUCAAAAUAUGAUGCAAUUGUGUAGGAAAUUUAAAUUGUAAAAAAGGAAGUAAAAGUAUAAGGUGCUGGCGCAUUAGCAUCGCAUAUCAAAAACUUUUAAAACUUUAUAUAGAAAGUAUAACAAACGAAUAUUAAGAAAUGCUCACAUUUAGCGUAGGAACAAAUUAAUUUUGGCAAAAUGUAAGUCAUUGCACUGCAGUUCUGCAUUGUUGUCAUAACACUCUGCCCUCCUCCUGUUAACAAUAACAAUAAGACCGAAUUGUAUUCUAAUUAAGUACUCAAGAGAAAAAAAUACAAUGACGAAAGCGUUUGUACCCAGUUGGAAAAUAUA